AUGGCAGCCUUGGUACAAUUUAAGACCUUAAGUGAGCGAUAUCGAGAAACUGGUGAUUUUAAAAGCGAAGCUAGAACUGAACGACCAAAGAACGUCGAUGAUAUAGGACAAAAUGAAAACAAUGAAGAUCAAAGUGGUGAAGACCCCAAAACCAAUAAAGAUUUGCCUCUUAAUUUUAAUGAUCCGGCAAAAUGGCCUAUAAUAGAUGGUAAAUUUAAAGCAUUGCUGAUGAAGUAUGGUCCAAUUCAAAAAUUGCUGUCUUUAUUUCCCGAAGAUGAACAAGGUAGAAAAUUUUCAAGCUUUCAUUUUUAUCGCCGAAUGUCUAAUGGCGAUAAAAUUAAACGCACUUGGUUGGUGUACUCCAUUACGAAAGACACUAAAAUAAUUCAAUCUGAAACUCAACAUUGGCGACAAGUUCUUGCAAGAAUAAUAACGUUAAUUAGAACUCUUGCUGGACAAAAUCUAGCAUUAAGAGGAACAUGUGAAAAGCUUUUCGAACCGAAUAACGGAAAUUUUCUUAAAUUUAUUGAAUUCUUAGGAAAUUAUGAUCCUAUUAUGAGUAAACAUAUUCAACAAAUAACAACAAGUAAAAUUCACACCACCUAUCUCGGAAAAACUAUUCAAAAUGAAAUCGUUGAAUUGCUUGCUAAUAAAAUCAAAAAUGACAUCUUAGCAAAACUAGAGCGAGCAAAGUACUACUCACUUAUUUUAGACUGCACCCCCGAUAUAAGCCACAUGGAGCAGAUGACAGUUGUUUUUAGGUUUGUCAGUGCAACUGAAUCAUCUUCGGAAAAACCAGCUGAAGUCGUAGUUUCUGAACACUUCCUAACUUUUCUUGAAUUACAAGACACAACGGGAGCAAAUAUGACAAAAGUUGUUAUCGAUAAGUUGCAGGAAUUAGGCGUAAAUCUUGAUGACAUGAGGGGACAAGGGUACGAUAAUGGAGCCAACAUGCGCGGAAAAUAUAAUGGUGUGCAAGCCAGAAUUCGUCAACUAAAUCCUCGAGCUUUUUUCGUUCCUUGUAGUGCCCACUCGCUCAACUUGGUAUUGAACGAUGCAGCUAAUUGUUCAUCAACUCACGGUUGGAGUAUAUUAUUAAACCACCUAAGCGAUCUGACUAUAAAACCGUUAAGUGCCACUCGUUGGGAAAGCAGGGUCGGUGCCGUACGGGCACUUCGAUUUCAGAUUAGUGGAGUUUACGAUGCACUAAUUGAAAUCGCAGAAGACAAUACAUUAACUACUGCACCACAAGUCAAGAGUUGCGCAGAGGCUAAGGGAAUAGCCAGAAAUAUUUCAAAUUUCAAAUUUGUUUGCUCCUUGGUAUUGUGGUAUGACAUUUUAUUCCAAAUUAAUAUUGUCAGCAAAAUGCUCCAAUCACAGGCUUUAGACUUGUCGCUUGCUCUAGAGCAUUUAAACGCUACCAAAUCUUUCCUAUGCGAUUUUCGCUGUGAUGAAGAAUUUGCCGCAAUGGUUGAAAAUGCAAAAAAAUUGGCAGUUGAACUAGAAAUUUUUGAAGGAUUUGAUGUGGAUGAUCCCGUACGCGUACGCAGAAAGAGUAGACAAUUCCUAUACGAAGGUCGUGAUGAACCGAUAGUAUCACCAGAACAAAACUUCAGAGUAUCUUUUUUCAAUCGAAUAUUGGACAUCGCAAUUCAAGCAAUAAAUGAAAGAUUUACGCAAUUAUCGGAAUAUAACGAGUUAUUUGGGUUUCUUUAA